AUGAUUAUUAUUAUCAUUUCUCUUGAUCAUUUUCCUUCGGUUCUCUCCCCCCCGUUGCCCUUCUCCCCUUUGUCCGUCCCAUCUCCUCUUGCUCUUGAUUAUUUUUAUUUUUCUUUUCAAUUUUACCCUUUUUCCUUUUUACUUCCAUUUUUCCCCUGCUGCUUAAUUUUAGGUUUCCAGGUCCCUCCCCCAUUCCCCUUCCCUUCCAUUCCCAUUACCCUCUCCCUCUCUUUCUUUUCUCCCCCCGUUCUUCAAUCGCCAUGGCCCCUCUCUCCCGAUAUCAUCAUCAUUCUUUCGCAUUCGGGUCUUUCGGCCCACACAAUCCCUUUCUCUCUCUUCCCCCCUCCCAAGGGCCAGCGACUAAUAUCCGAGGGAGAGAUCUUUUACUAG